AUGGCAGCCUUCUCGUCGGCAACCACACCCACCGUCCUAGCGGCGGCCGCCGUCGCAGGCCGCCCGGCCCAGAGGAGAACCAAGAUCAACUACCUCAAUGGGCUGAACUCUUUCAGUGGGCUCAAGGCCCACAACAAGUUGACCACAUUGGGACUACCGCUCACCAACGAACAGUGGUUUGCAAAGAUUGUGAGCUCGCUGACAAGGCCGAGAGGCAAAAAUGGCGGCGGCGGCGCGUUUGCCGUCACUUGCAGCGCCGUGGUCGAGAUUUUCAGGAUCUCCGUCAUCAUUCCGGGGCUUGUUCUUGUCGGAGUGGCUGUCGGGUUUGUUCUUCUCCGACUUGAAGCAUUCGUGGAGGAGGAAUGA